CAUCCUCCUUCACCCGCUCACCGACAAGGCCUCUCAUCAACAACUUCCAUCAAAACACCCACCUUUCUCAUCAUGAACCAUCGUCAAAUUUAAGACCAUGGUUCUUCCAUCACGCCUGCGUCAUCUCCUCAAUUUUCAUCAGUUUUCGGGCGCGCGUUGCGGUUAUAACACGUCGACGAAGCUGCGACUGGUCGUCUCCCUUUUGCUGCUGCGACCGUGACACUUGGCCCUUCCCUCGCCUAUCCACACCCCCAGCAAAACUUUUCUCACACCUGCCCUCAGCGCACUGCGCGCCAAGCCCCACCACAUAUCGUGCUGCACCACGCUCACCACACGGACAUACUGGCUGUCGUCCGCGUGCGGAGCAGUCAUCACAAUAUUUCAUAGAUAAUCAUUUAUAUUGGGUCAUCGCAUCAUGACGGCCCGACAGCAGGCGCAGCGCUUUAGGCAGCGCAAGCUGUCUGUCAAGCAAAACCUGCGCAUAGUCCGCGAGCACGAGAUUGACACCAACAUCCUCGACGAGGAGGCUCAAAGAAACAUUCCAAAAGUUGAGACAGGUGUCGAGAAGUCAGAAGAAAUUGAACAUCACUUACAAGCAGUUAUAUCCGCGGCACAAGCUGGCGCUACCGAGACACAGUUGUUCAUUCCGACACCUGAGACCAACGUCAGUACCGUCGAUUAUGAUCAGUACUAUGUGCCGCGGUUUCAGCAGCCGCAAACCUACAUCCGCUUCUCGUCAACCGUGGAGGACACUAGUGGCUGUCCUUAUUGCAUGACGGCUGAGGAUGAGGUCUUCCUGAAGAAGCUCAACAGUAAGCAGAAGAAGGCUGCUAGUCACUGCACUGAAGAUCAGUUCGAGGUUGUCAUGAACGUCUUUGAAGAGAUCUCAGCACUAAAGCAGCCCUUUGCCGCAUUAGACAACGCGCCGGUUCUUUCAUUAGAGGAGCUCGUCGCAUCUUUCGAUGAUGAAGUCGAUGCUGCGACCAGAGUCUUCGCGAAGGACAUCUAUCCUCACUGGAAGUCAAGGAGGAUGGAAAGGCAGAACCACCCACUGAUGCCGACGUUGAAGUUCGAGCGAAAUGUCGACACAGACGACUCCGAUCCCUACGUUUGCUUCCGUCGCCGUGAGGUCCGGCAGGCUCGCAAGACACGUGGCCGUGACGCGCAAAUUAUUGAGAAGCUCAAGAAGCUCCGUAUGGAACUUGAGCUUGGGCGACAGCUUUUGCACUCUGUCAAGCAGCGCGAGAUGGCUCGCAGAGAGCAGAUUUCGCUCGAACGUUCCAUCUUCGACAAGCGACACGCCCUCAAGAUGUCUAAGCGACAGCUAGGCAUCAAAGGCGACGAUGACGAUCUCAUCAAUCAGAAACCAAUACCGAAGCCGCGUCCGCGUCUGGACCCUGCUAUCAUCAACCGUGGCACAAUUGGUCCAGGCGCUAUACCGAAGAUUCCGCUUAGUGCUCGCUCCGAUGGUCGUUUUCCUGAGUCUGAUCUGGUUCAGCUCCAUGAAGACAAGGCUCGUAAGCAAGCUGAGAUCGAUCAUAUGAUCCAAGAGAGCAUGUCCAAGCAUCGCGCUUGGAAUAAUGACUGGGUUGACCAAACAUGGCGGCCUAUCACCCCACCUUUGGAAACUGCCAACGGGGGCCGGAAUCCCUUUCGUGAUGCUGUUACCAAAUUUCUGCCAACGCCUCCUGAGAGCAUUUCUGAGGGAGAGGACGUAAACAUGAUUGACGGUGGCAGAACACCGAAUCCGUAUAGCGAGAAAGAAGCCAAGUCAAAACUUCCGAUCCGCUUCGAGAGUCCGCCCGUGGAGACAGGAAGCACACACGGCAUGACUCUUCGGAGACCCUCCUACCGUAGGAGACUUGGUCGUGGUGGCCGUUUGUUCAUCGAUCGCCGCGGCCUAAAACGACCAGGCAUGGAUGAUGAAGAGCACUUCACUCGAUCGAAAAGGCAGAGGCUCGAAGAGGACGGCUACACGCAUCCACUCAUGUCGCCGCCUCUUUCCGCAGCUGAGGAGCGAGAGCGAGACCGUGCCGCCUAUGACAUCGAUUCAGAUGAAGAGACAGACAUCUACCGUACUGACCCGUUCGACGACUGGAACAUUCGAUACCGGAUUGCCUUUGGGUACAGCAGUAAUAGGCCGCCAAAUCAGGACCAGCAGACUGCAGCACAAGCAAAGAUGAUUCAGGAGGAACAGAGGCGAACCCAACAACAAGCAAAUGCCGCUGCUAGUUCGAGCAACUCGCGUGUUAUGAUGCCUGCUUCCUGAAUAGCAAAGCUCUUCCUUUCACUUCUUGUUGGUUGCAUCAUUUGUAUUUUAGGAAUCGGCAACUUUGCCAAUUUGGCGGGCUGGCACUUUGUGAUAGCGUUCUUGUACUAUUUUGUAAAUUUUUGUGCAUUCUCUUCAAGCGAAGGGGCGACAAGGGCUGGCCGUUUGACAGUAUACUGCAUGGCGAUUGGCAGGCGACCGAGGACUGGCAGAAGAGAAACAAGCUUUUGGUCGUCUCUUCUGUACGUGUCUGUGAGUUGUCUUAGCGUGCACACUACGUAUAGAUAGCAAAUCAAGAAAGAUACCCUUUUUGUGCACA